AUGCCCAGGGACGGUGCCGACCGGCCGAGCUCGCCCGGGCCAGACACCCCAGAGAAGGUCGUAGCCGCCGCAGUGUCGGAGCCGUCGUUCGACGCGCUGGAGCUGCUGGGUCCGUCGCUCUCGGAGGUGCUGACGUUCGUGAACCCGCCGCAGCCUCGCCGCCUGCAGGAGGCGCAGCAGGACGCCACCAACGGCGGCGAGUCCACGGCCGAGGACAACCAGUCGCACCACGGCAGCAGCAGCAGCUCGCUGGCCGCUACGACCGACGCGUCGGCCAAGUUUGACCUGCGGCUAUCGAGAUCGGCCGUGCUCGGCAAGCUGGCCGACCCGUCCGCGGACAACGCGUGCAAGACGCAGGAGUACUUCGCCAAGCUGCUGAGCCGGAUCCAGUGCGAGGCCACGGGGCUCGUGCUGCUGCACGACGCGACGGUCGUCAUCUUCCUGGAGACGACGGCCGAGCACUUCUUGAUCCUCCUCAAGCAGCUGCAGCAUCAACGCAUCAUCGAGGCCAGCUCCAUGAAGGUGCUGGCCAGCUGCGACGACCACGGCGUGCGGAUCCUCCAGGGGCUCUACUUUAAGAAGAUCACGCUCAAUCGCAGCGAUGCCGGCGAGUGGACGGACGACUCAGCGCCGCAGUGCGUGGUCGAGACCUUCCUCAGCCUCAUCAAGUUCCUCAAGAAGAUCGGCCCCAUGCCGCCGGCCGAGAUCCGCAAGUGCCUGACGAAUCUGUCGAAUACGGACCAGACGUUUCUGCCGUCUAACGACCUCGUGCUAUGGCUGCUGAGUCGAGACGAGCUCAUGACCCUGGACGAGUAUCUAGACGUUUUCGACAGCCCUGUUGCAGUCGAGCUCGAAUCGGAGCGCGUGUGGCCCGUGCACCCGCUGAUCCACUACUAG